AUGCCAGACCAGAAGAUUCAACGAUAUGUGGAUUAUCUGAUCUCUUCAUUGAACAUUGAAGGUAUUCGUGAUCAAUUGGUUGGAAGCCUCCUUAGGGACGGAGGGCAAGGUAUAUCUGGAGGUGAAUAUAAGCGCGUAUCUAUCGCCAUCGCUCUAGCUGCCUCACCAAAGGCCAUGAUUCUAGACGAGCCAACCUCCGGUCUAGAUGCGACGGCUGCACACUCCCUUAUGAAGCUUCUGCAUUCCAUAUCCCGCCAGGGAGUGAUGGUUAUUUGCGUGAUUCACCAGCCACGUAUUGAGAUCUUCAACUUGCUAGAUGACGUUCUUGUACUGAACGCUGGGUCGCAAGUGUACCACGGCAAGACAAGCCAGGUGCAGGAACAUUUUGAGAAUAUGGGCCAUAAGUUCCCGAUGGCAUCAAAUCCUGCAGAUGUGAUUCUUGACACAUUGUUGAAUCACUCACAUAAUCCACCUGUGGAUGAAGUCACUGUGAAGCCAUCACCCGGAGGCGAUCCUUCACCUGGGACUGGAACAUCGGAGGCGCUAGUCGCGCUUUUCGAGAAUGUUAAGCAAAGGAGAGCAUCCUGGCCCCGCCAGCUUUGGCUUGCACUUUCCAGGAGUAUAGCUCAACAGAGUCAACAGACUAUGAGCCUUGCCCUGGAGAUUUUGUCUAGUGCGAUCAUCGGUCUCAUGAUUGGAUUGGCGGCCUUCGAGUCCAGAGGCCAUUUCUUUCAGGGUAUAUAUCACCAACCGUUCGACAUGCUCUCCAGUGCGGUAGAGUACCGUCUUACAGCUGAACAGGGUCUCCUGUGUUGUCUCGCCAUUGCUUGUGCAGCAGGGCCCCCAGGAGUCAAGGUAUUCGGAGAAGAGAAGCUCACAUUCUAUCGAGAGUGUCAUUCCGGUCAUUCUCGCAGUGCAUAUUUCCUAGGGAAAAACUUCGCGGUUUGUCUGAGAAUGUUGGUCUCAUCUCUGCAUUAUACCGCAUUUUACUUGCUUCUUGCCGCUCCCAUGAUCUCGUUUGGCUCCCUGUUCGGCCUUGUCUGUUUAUACUUUUACUGUAUCUACGGGCUUGGGUUUGUUGUGUCGGCCGUAACCCGACGCGAAGAUGGUCCUUUACUGUGCAUGUUACUGAGUCUGAUCAUCUCCGCUUUGAGUGGGUGUGCCCCUCGGCUCUCCACCGUUCGGAGUUGGCACAUGGAAUGGUUUUGGUAUUCGUGGCCAGCAACUUGGUUCUCGGAGGCUUUCUAUCAGGAGAAUACUGCGCCAUUAGCUUAUCUAUACAACAUUGAAGACGCCUUUGAGUUCACUGGUUAUAAGAUGGGUAGACUGAGCAUGGACUUCGGGGUUCUCUUUUUGAUUGGGACUGUUUAUCGCGCACUAUCAUAUUUCCUGCUUGUUUUCUGGGGAUGGAAAUCACAGCGUUGA